UCUUUCCAGGGAAGUCAAGGGCGAGCCUAUCUCUUCAAUUCAGUAGUCAACGUCGGCUGCGGUCCUGCGGAGGAGCGAAUUCUGCUAACGGGACUUCAUGCAGUGGCUGAUAUUUACUGUGAAAAUUGCAAAACUACACUUGGUUGGAAAUAUGAACAUGCCUUUGAGAGCAGCCAGAAAUAUAAAGAAGGCAAAUACAUCAUCGAAUUAGCACACAUGAUCAAAGAUAAUGGCUGGGAUUGAACCGCCGAUGGAAAAGGAAAUGACAUCCGAUCCACGCCGAGCGUUCACUCUUCCGACUGAACAUUUUAUCUCCGAGAACGAGCAAGCGAUUGGCACUCUCUGGGUGCCACCACACCUUUGGGGCUGUGGGCUUCGUUGUCAUCCUGAGACCACGCUUCCUUGCGCGCACACCCUCUCUGCCGUCCUGAAUCAGCGACCGUCCACCACUCCGUCUCUUUGCUUUUCGUAUCUGUUUGUGAGUCCAAACUCAAGUUAGCGUGUCCUAGUCUUCCUCUUUCACUGUUCUGGCAUUGUGUGGCAUUGUGUUUCUUCUUCCCUUUUUUUUUUAUUUUAAUGACAACAAAAAGCAAGGAGUGAACCCAAUGCCAAACGGUUAUACAACUUACGUCUCAGAAACUGACGGUUGCCUUUUGGGAGGGGAGGGGGCUAAAGUCAAGGUUUAGGACUCCUGAGGGGAGAAACUCAACGAUUUGGGGGUGUGGGACAGAUGAGAGAGAAUGAGUAGGGUUUCUGUCAACCCCUUUAUCCUUUUAAAUCCUGACAAACCAUGGCUU